AUUUCACAACGUUCAACGUGUAUCUUCAAGCUCUGACAGAAAUCAGUCAGCUUCAGAUAUGUUUGAGAUAUUUACUUUUCCUCACGCCGAUCCUAUCGGUCUGCCUUUUGCCUGCGGUUCAUGGCCCAUUUUAAUAACUAUUGUCUCCUAUUUAAUCUUCGUGCUGAAGCUCGGGCCAAAAUUUAUGGAAAAUCGAGAGCCCUUUAAGCUGCGGGGUGUGCUCAAGGUGUAUAAUAUAUUCCAAAUCCUGUUUAAUGGUUUACUUUUAUUAUUGGGUCUUCAUUUGAUUAUCGCGGAGAAACCUUACAACUUCAGUUGUAUGUUAGUACUACCCCUAGACCACGAAUUGAAGAACAUAGAUCGCUAUAUCAACUACCUAUACUACAUCAAUAAGAUUAUCGACUUAAUGGACACAGUGUUCUUUGUACUCCGCAAGAGCUAUAAACAGAUUACAAAUCUGCAUCUUAUUCACCAUGUCUACAUGGCCAUGGCGCCAUACUUUUGGCAACGGAAGUACGGAUACGGAGGGCAUUACACAUUUUCAGGACUCCUGAAUCUCUUUGUCCACAUCGUGAUGUACACCUACUACUACCUCUCAUCCCAGAACCCGCAAAUCAGGAAAAGUGCUUGGUGGAAGCAGUAUAUUACUAUACUGCAACUGAUUCAAUUCGUUCUCAUGUUUUCUCACAGCUUUUGGACUCUUUUGCAACCAAACUGUGAUGUACCCUUUCCAAAGCUCUUCUUAAUAAUGUUCAUGUCCGGCCUAAUGUUUGUAAUGUUUGUCAAUUUCUACAGAAAAUCCUAUAUACAUAAAAACAAGAAAACUGCGUAGAAAUAUCAA